GAGGGAAACCGCUGCGCCGGGGCAAAGACACUCCACUGGAGGGCAAGGUGGCAGCGAAAGAGGCAGAUGAAGCGUUGAAAUGUUUCAGCCAGCUUCUGCUUCGGUACAUAUUUUGUGUUUCCGCAGAUCUCUCACGUGCGCCAGGCCUCCUUGACUCGCUGACGACGGCCGCCUGGCCAGGCCAUCGCUUCAUUUGGGCCGCUGGUGCCAUUGCUGACGGUCAGUGGCUCGUCUGAUUCCCUCGCUGUCGCAUUGACUGACACUGAUGGAUCAUGUCUACAGUACACUGGCCAUGCCACCGUGCUAUUGAUGCUGCGUGUGUGCCUGCAGAGUCAAUCAUUGCGCAUCCGGCAUAUGGUGUUGACAGAGAUUGCAGAGAACGAAUCAUUGGGCUGCUGACAGAGAUUCGUUCAUAGCCAAGUUUAAGGUCAGCAUACAGACGCACACUCAGCUCGGGAGCACUGAUUGCCACCUUGUGUGUGUCCUUGAUGAUUCAGAUCAGUUGACUGACUGAUGGCGUCCUCUUCCCAGCCUCCCUCUUUCCAUGCCAAUGGCCACACCGCACCGCCGGCAGUCCCGCCCCUGCGCAGCAUCGCCAUCAGCAAGAUGGCCGCCAUAGCCAUGUCCACUGACUUCAACAGACGGGCCGCUCUCCGCUCGCAGCUCGCCACCCGCACUCGGCAAGAGGAGCUGCUGGGCCACACUACGGAGACCGUCAACAGCACCCUGCUCAACGCCAUCCAGCAGCACAUUGCCAAGGCCAUCACUCGUCUCGGCCUGGCGGACGUGUUGGCCUUCGACAUUGGCGGUGAUGUGGAGGGCGGCUUGAAGGUGGUCUAUCUACUGGAGCGGGGCAGUGGCGAGGAGUGGCGGGCGAUGGGGCGGUUCAUUCGGAUGGCCUUCAUCUACCGGCUGACUCCCAAUGCGACUCGGCCUCUCCGUCUGUCGGCUGGCUCGCUGCCCACAGCAACGGCCUUCCACCAGCUGCCACUCGCCUUGGCCAUCUACAAGAUCUUCAGCCACCUUCUUACAUACACAGGGACCAGCCUGGAGCUGCCGCAAGCCGACGGCAACGGACACUAUCGGAUCGGCGAUGAGUCGUUUCGUGUGGUGCCAUUGGGUGAGCUGCCGGGCGGCCAUCGCUACACUGACGGCUACAAGCGGACCGACCCCGUCAUCAGACUGGCCCAUCUUCUCUACCCCUCAUUCUCGGCAUUCCUGCUGGACAGGGCGCUCCGCCGGUGGUCGGAUGAAGAGGGGGUGGAUCACAAGGAGGUGCUGUGGGCCAACAUCGCCCAUGACGACCCUCGGCGUCGCCGUCUGCUGACCGACGACAACAUCACAGAGGACGACCGGGGCACCUGCUGCUGGUCGGUCUCAUCCGCUCGCCGACCGCUACCCUGUGUCGGUUGGUGCCGUCCGCCGUCUGCUGCGGCGAUUCGGUCUCGAGCGUGACGUCAUCGACAGGGGUGUGGCGGACUGAGGGGGGUGGCUGGCUGGCGAUCGGUGUGUGUGUGUCACAGAGGAGAAUGACUGACUGACGCAUGUGUGGAUGGCUUAGUGAGUUUCCGUGUCAAUCGACGAGUUGGCCUGCGUGGGUGUAUAUAUAUAUAACUAUUUGCACUCAGCAUUUCUCGGUCAUUCAACAAUGAUUGGUGAGUUUGCAACAUGAACUGAGGUGAGGGAGGCCCACCACUCACUGACUCACUGAUGCGCUCACUGAUCCAUUGGCCUCAAUGCGUUCGCCGUCCAUUUCUGUUGGCGUCUCUCUCCCUCUGUGUGUGUGUAUGUCGGCUCUGUCGCUCUGUGCAGGCUGUCGUCGAGCACAUCAUAGCCCAGAUGCAGCCACCGCAACAUAAGCAGCAGCAGCACCCCUUCUCGUAUAUCUUCGUCGGCCGCCGCACCUUCUAUCUCUUCAGCAGCAUCAAGGGGACUCGUCACUUCUACCUCUUGCCCGUGCGUCUCUCUUCUCUGUGUGCAGCACUCUCUCCCUCUCUCCCUCCCUCUGUGUCUGUUUGUCUGAGGAGAUAUCUGUGUGUGUGGGUGUGGGUGCUCCGGCCGAUGUGCGACUAUAUGUGUGGCUGCCUGGCUGACUCACUCUCUGAACGAUGACAUGGC